GGCGGGUUCUGUGAGCAAUCCGGUGUACAUUCUCGCCUUCAAAACAAGGGAAGAACAGGGGCACAAAGAACAUACUAAGUGCAGUGUAGACAUCAAUGAUGCUAAGAAGCUUGCGCUGUCAGUGGAGAAGGCUAUCGAGAAGCGGAAGAUGCCAGUGAUAUUCAAUCAGUGCGAGAAUGUGAACGAAGGUCUUCCUUAUUUGAUUGUUACAUGUACGCAGGAACAGUUGUCGAUAGCUAUGGGACAGUACGUUGAAACUCUCAAAAUGAAGGACAUCUUUCUGUCAUAUGCAACAACUGCGGACGCAAAGGAACUGCGAGACAUGCCUCAUACUGUUCCUACACCAAAGCUAACACCACAACUGGCCGAUCAUCUGAUGAGAAAACGUAUAGACAUGGUGGAG